GGGCCAAUCUAGAAAAAAGUCUGCAACGGCACCGCACCGCCUCGUCUCGUCGUCCCCACAUUGCCGCAGCGAACGCUCGACGCCAACCGACAGGGAUAGGUACGCGGAGCGGUGGAGGGAGCAGAUCCACCACGCCGAAAGCGAGCCCAAGCCCCUCGUCUAGCGGGCAGGCGAUCCGCCGUGUAAUGCAGGGCGCGAGGGCGUCCGUGUCGAGCGUGCUACCGACUAGAAUCGCCCUUUGCUUGUCGCACGACCGGGAUCGAAUCGAAUGGGACCAAUCCUCUCGGAGCUAGGAUCUGGUUCGAUCGGCAGCUGAUUAGGUAACAUCUAGGUAGUAAAGACUAAAAGACUGAAAGUGAUUCACCUGAGAAUGCAGAGAUAUGUGUCUGUCAGUAUUACUCUGUAGAUAGACCUAUUUUGAAUUUGGGCGUGGUGCUGAUAUAAUGGAAGAGAGAAGUGUGUUGAUGCAACGGUAUGAAAUUGGGAGACAAUUAGGACAAGGGACCUUUGGAAAGGUUUACUAUGCCCGUAAUCUUAGUUCUGGUCAGUCUGUUGCAAUAAAGAUGAUCGAUAAGGAGAAGAUCUUGAAAGUUGGUCUCAUGGGGCAGAUAAAGAGGGAGAUAUCAAUAAUGAGAUUGGUAAGGCAUCCAAAUAUUCUGCAGCUUUUUGAGGUAAUGGCUACCAAGAGCAAGAUUUACUUUGUUCUAGAGUAUGCUAAGGGUGGUGAACUUUUCCACAAAAUUUCCAAGGCAAAGCUCAAUGAGGAGGCCGUGAGAAAAUAUUUUCAACAGAUGAUCUCUGCUGUGGACUAUUGCCACAGUCGAGGUGUUUAUCAUCGUGACUUGAAGCCAGAAAACUUACUGCUGGAUGAGAAUGAAACCCUUAAGGUCUCUGACUUUGGAUUAAGUGCCUUGGCCGAGUCAAGGCGCCAAGAUGGUCUUCUCCAUACCGCAUGCGGAACACCAGCUUAUGUUGCUCCAGAAGUGCUUAAUAGGAAAGGCUACACUGGCUCAAAGGCAGAUGUGUGGUCUUGUGGAGUGAUUCUCUUUGUGCUUGUGGCCAAUUAUCUUCCUUUCCAUGAGAGAAAUCUCAUAGAAAUGUAUAGGAAGAUUGCAAAGGCUGAUUACAAAUGCCCUCGUUAUUUUUCGGCUGAGUUGAAGGAACUCCUUUAUGGAAUCCUUGAUCCCGAUCCUAGUACUAGGAUGUCUAUCUCAAGGAUAAAGAGAAGUGCUUGGUACAGACAACUCAUCUCUAUAUCUGCACUGAAAGGUGAAAUUGGAAAGAGUUGUACAAGUGAAUCUCCUUUUUCUGACCCAACAACCUGUAUUGGUUCUCAAAUAAAUCAAGAACCAUCGAAUCUGCAAAACUUGAAUGCAUUUGACAUCAUUUCUCUCUCUACAGGAUUUGAUUUAUCAGGUUUAUUUGGUGAAAGGUAUGGCCAAAGAGAAGCGCGAUUUACAUCCAGACAUCCAUCAGCGACCGUACUUGUGAAGCUGAAAGGACUGGCUAAACGCUUGAAGCUCAAAGUUACAAAAACUGACAAUAGAGUGCUUAAAUUGGCCACAACAAAGGAAGGAAGGAAGGGUAUACUUGAGGUUGAUGCAGAGGUUUUUGAGGUUGCUCCUUCUUUUCUCUUAGCUGAGUUGAAGAAGACCAAUGGAGACACAUUGGAGUAUCAAAAGUUGAUAAAAGAGGAUAUUAAGCCAUCACUUAAGGAUGUUAUUUGGACAUGACAAGGUGAUCACCAGUAGUCAUAGCAUGCAGCAGCAUGCACCUCUGUCACGAACUCACCAUCACCGCUACAGAAAAGACACGACUAACUAUGAAUGUUUUUCCCCUCCAUUUCCAUCAUAAACCAUGCUGUAAUGUCAAUAAAAUCUAAGGCAGCAUGUGUAGCAACAGCCAUAGCCAAGUUCAGAAGAGCGUUUUGUCCUAUUAACAUUGGCAUAUGUUAGAGAUUUUUCUAUAGUUCUUACAUAAAUGAGUAAUAUGGAAAUCGUGAUUUCCAAUGUUUCUUUCUUGGCCAUUUUUACCCUAGAAGGCAUGUACACUUGUACAAUAGUACUACUGUAUACUUGCAUAUGUUGCCCAAUUCUGAGCACUAUAAAAUGUGCUCUACCGAAGUGUUGGGGCCUGUCAAGACAGGAAACUCUACCGAGUUGUUAAAUGAUGAAUGACAGUCCAAUAUAGUGAAGCACAGCAGCAAUCAAGGCUACCAAACAUCAAGAUUAGUUGUCCUGUUGUGGACAAAGCUUGUGUAAUCUCACCACUUGUGUUGAUCAAAUGUGCUCAGCAUGGCCAUUACUUUGCAUAGGCUUGUAGUUUAUGGACUACGUGGAAAUUGUAGUGAACAUUGCGGCCACCUAUGUAGGAAAACAGCAAAGGUGACCAAAUGUUUGAUAUUGUGCUAUGUUGGUCUUUUCUCAGCAGAGUGGUUGGU